CGCUGGGAAUAAUACCAAAAAUAUGACUGACGUUUCACGAGUUUCCGCGCAACCUCAUAUCUCUAUGCAUAAAAAGAUUUUAUCUUGGCGGAGCUUUUUUACGGAACAAUGAUAGCGCACUCUACUACCACGGGUUAUCUAUGAGUUGACCCGAGUCAUAAAUAACUUGUUUUCCAUCCCGAUAAUGUUAGAGAAAUAAAUUUGUGCUGUUGAAACAUACGCCAUGCAUAGAGGUUAAACGUGGUCUUCAAAAUUAUAUCAAGUCAUGGACGAUCAAUACGUACCGCCGUUUUGUUCAUGCGGAUGUCACGCACCGCGGCCGAUAAAACCGAUCGAAUUACCGCCGCAUGAGCCAUGCUGCUGCUGCGAUUACAAUCCCUUUAGCGACAAUUCCAAGGAAUCGGAGAUCUACGAUCUACCGUUUGCUCUACGAAAACUGACGGUAAUGAAGUGCCAGAUGAAGAAGUGGCGCAUGGAACGGCUGCAGCUCGAGAGCGAAAAUAGGUCUCUGAAACAAGCCCUACGAUCAUUCGGUGUGAAGUCCGACGGGGUAUUGGGUACUGAUCCCUUGCUCGUGCAUUACCGCGAGGAAAACGAAAGGCUGCAGAAUGCAAAUGAGGAAUUGGCGGAAAAAGUUCACAACCUCGGAGAGAGUCUCGCCGAACGAGAUUGCUGCGACGAUCCGUGCGAAAAAGUUAAAUACGUGAGGGAGAAAAUAGCAGCACUGAGAGAUCGUUUCGCUGCCGAAAAAAAACAAAUGCGAGACACGAUAUCGCAUCUGAAGUUGAAACUGGUGGAAGCCGAGGAGGAUACUUCCUGUGCGGCAUUAAAUCGUUUGAGGGCAAAGCUUCGUGAACUAAUGAAAGAUGGUCAGAAGGCUGAUCAACAGGUGUCCGUGGUUGUCGAGGGAUCAAUGCAGGCAUCGGUGGAUCUAUCAAAGAGCUACGAAGAUCUGUUACGAACAGAACGCCCGCAAGUACUGACGCAAAUUCGUCCUUCAAUGGAUUUGGAUGAGAAGACGGCUUACACGGAGGCUCCACGAAGUGAGCUUGAUCAACUGAAAGCCUCCAUCGUCAGACCAGCGACCAUGAUGGACGAGGUGGCCGAUAUGGAGGAAGAACCUGAGAAAUCUGAUGAUACGAUUACCGAGCUUCUCGAAAGCCUGCGGCAGUCGGGACUGCCUGCGCUGGACGUGAAUAAAUUCCAGAGCGAGAUCGAAGAUAUGAGGUCCCAGUUGUAUAAUCUUAAGACGAAGAAAAAGGAACUUCUCGAUGAGCUGAGAAAGAUACAGAGUGUAGUGUCCGAGAAAGACCGUCAAAUAAGCGAACUGAAUAACGAAAGUGAGAUUCUGAAGAAGCACGUUGAAAGCCUGAAGUCCGAAUGCAACGAAUUAAAUAUUAAGAAUGCAUCGUUAGAGAAGGAAAUCCGAAAAAUACAAGAAUUGAGUAGAGUGGAAGAGGAAAAUAACAAGAUAAAGAGCGAGAUCGAUAAGUUGAACGUUGACCUGCGUCGCGAGGAAGAAAAAUUUCAAGUGGCGCAAAAAGAGCUAGAGGGCAUGAGGGACAAUUUGCAUAGUCUCGGAACUGAGAAUGAAUUCUUGAAGGAGACAUUGGAAAAUGCAAAAUUGGAGACUAACGAACUUAAAGAAGGAAAUGUUGCUUUGAAAAACAAUCUUGAUAACAUGAUUAAGGAACUGGAAUCUUCGAGAAGGGAAAAUAAUAAUAUUAAGGCAAAGAUAGAUCAAUUAUUAUCCGAGAAUAAGUAUUUAAGAGAUGAAUUAGAAAAACAAGUGGCGGAGACGGAUCAAUUAAAAUCCGAAGGGAUUGCAUGGAAAGAAGGCUCCGAUAGAUUGUUACGAGAAAUGGAUAGAUUAAAGGUUGAAAGCGAUAAACUAAAGGACGAAAGUGCUGCUGUUAAAAGCGAAAGAAACAAUUUGACAACUGAAAGAGACAACUUGAAAUCCGAGAGUGUCCUUCUUAAAGAUGACUUGUGUAAAACAAAUGUAGCGUUAGACAACGCAAAGAAACAAUUGAACAAAUUUAAAGUCGAGAAUGGAGUUCUUACAGAAGAAUUGAAGAAGGCUAAUGUAAAUAAUAACAAGCUACUCGCGGACUUCGAUACUUUGCAGAGCGAAAUGGCAAAGUUGAAGUCGGAGAACAGAAAAUUGUCACAGGAAGUGGAUGAUGGGAAAGAAGAACUAACAAAAUUAUUAUCCGAAAUAGAAACUUUGAAAAAGAAGAUAGAUAAUAUGAGUAAUAAAUUGACGAGGGCAAAUAACAAAGUUGUAGAUUUGCAGCAGGAAUCGGUCGAGUUAAAUAAUAAACUGCAAGAGGCAAAAGUUAUAAAUGAACGACUAAGAGCAGAUCUAAGUGCAGAAUCUACUGCUAAACGAGACAUUCAAGAGGAAUUAGUGGCAUUAAAGAAUGAGAUGAAAAAUUUGAUCUCAAAGAUCGAUGAGAUGAAGGUGCAAAAUCAUGCCCUAAAAGAAGAGAGAGACACCCUCAAGGAAGAGCUGUUGAAUCUAGGCAAGGAAUCGUUAAGCCUAAGGGCUGCGAAUGCUGAGAUGAUGAACCAGAUUAAUAAUUUAAUACUGGGUAUAUCUGAUCUUCAAUCGCAAUUAUCUAAAGCGGAAGAAGAUAUUGAAAAUUGGAAGUUGGAAAAUUGCAAGCUUAAGACGAGCUCAGAUAAGUUAUCCAUCGAGAAUGAAAAGACAAAGGAAGCUUUAAACGUCUGUAAGGUUGAACAUCAAACAUUAGAGAAGGAGAUAACGAAUCUUAGAAAUGAGAAGAUUAAGCUCGAGGGAGAAAUAGCAGAGCUUAAAAAGCUGUUAGAGGGGCUGAAUCUGUCUUCAUUCGCCGAAAAGUCUGCUAAAAAAGAGGCUGUGGAGGAACUGACUAAAGUCAAAAAUGAACUGAAUACAGUCAAAAAUGAAGCCGUUGCUUUGAGAGAGGAACUUAAAAUACUAAAACUAGAAUUAAUUGAAUUAAGAACAGAGAACGAUAAAAUAAAAGAUAAGAAGGAAAAUUUAUCGCGUGAAGUAUCAACGUUAAAGACAGAACUUGAAAACAUAAAAAAUGAAGUAUUAGCUUUGAGAGAAAACAAUAACACAUUAAAAUCAAAAAUAAAUACAUUAACAGACGAGAAUAAUAAACUAAAAAGCGAAUCAAAUAUGCUGAUAUCUCAAGUUGAUGGUUUGAAACUAGAAAACACGAGUCUGAAGGAAGAACGACAGAAAUUCGAGAAAGAAUUUGGCAAACUAAACGGCGAGGACGAUAGGCAAAAGGAUGAGAUUAAAAAUCUGAAAUCUAACUUGACAGCCGAAUUAUUAGAAAAAAGUAGAUUGGACUUAUCUACUAGCCAAUCGGAAAACGAUAGAUUAAGAUCGGAACUGAAAAAACUGCAAAAGAAUUUAGAUACCUUUGAAUUAGCGAAUAACAAGUUGAACAGUGAAGUAGAGGAUUUAAAGAAAACGUUAAUCGACGCGCAGGACAAGGUGAACGCAUUGCAGUAUCAUGAAGCUGCGUUGUUAGAAGAGAAAGAAGCACUUCUGAACGAGUUAGAUAGUUUACGAGCGGAAGUGAGUAGAUUAGGUAAAGUUACGUCGGAUAAAGUUGCAAAGGAAGUUAUUGAGAAAAAGGCGAUCUCCAACGACGAAUUAAUGGAAAAGUUAAAGGCAGAACUAGAUGAAAUGCGUAUGGAAAAUGAGAGUUUAAAGCAUAAUCUAAAUGACGUAAAUAAACAAUAUGCUUCUUUGAAAAACGAGAAUGUUGCUCUGAAAAUCGAAAAUAUUAAAAUAGCAAAGAAAUCAAAAGAUGAUUUUGUAGAGGAUGCUGACAAUAUCGACAGAUUUGAAAAUGAAUUGAAGAAAUCGAUGAUCGAGAUAGACAAGGCGAGAGAAGAUUUAAGAUACGCGGCGGAAGAGAAUAAUAAAUUAAAAAUGAUCAACGAUAGUCUGGAAUUAGAAUUGGGUCGAUUGAAAGCGCGGCUGAACGAAAUAAAAGAUUAUCCUGAACAAGUCGAUGAAGAAGUUAACAGGAUGAAGGAUCAAAUCCAAAGACUGCCUCCCAUCGUAGAGACUGGCGUGAUUAAACCGGAUGAAUGCGGCGACUUCGUUAAGGCGAAUGAAUUACUGAAGAAGCAAAUUGAAAAGCAAUAUGACGCUGUACAACGUGUGCGCGAUUACAUACAAUUUGUGGAUGGAAAAAUUUCUGUGAGACCCGCGAUGGCGGCAACAUUGGACGAUGAUUUUGAAAUUGAGCGCUGGAUUGUGCCAUCCAUCGUGGAAUUGCUAAGAGAAUCGCAAAAACUGUCCAAAAAUAUCUAUCAGGCGGAAAUCGAAAUUCAGGAUAUCGAUAGACUACUCAAACUGCUUAAUGAAUGCAAGAGAGAAAAUGAGAAUUAUAUAAAACAAUUAUUGGAGCGUGGUGUGGAAGUUACCAAGGUUGCAGGUGUGGAUAAUGGCGAUAAGCUUGCAGCUUUUAACCCUGAAUCUUGGUUGAAGUCUUUGACACUAACGCAACUGGCUGAGUUGCACGAUAAAAUCUGUCUAUUGACUUCGAAUAUGGUGCAACAAGAUAACUGUUCUGCGGUUCGCGAUCGUUCACCGAUUAAUCGAGACCACGGUAGUGAUCGGUUGCGAGCAGAUUACGAUGCUUUAAAUCGGCGGAUCGCCGCCUUGCAGAAGCAAAUAGCCGAAAAACAGAUUGAGGCGGGAUGGAAACUGCAGGAAUUAAGACGAGCUCUUCGUAUUGAGCAGGCAAACCUGAUUAGAAUCUCCGACCAGAUGACUCUCGAAAAAAGGCGCAACUUAGCUCUUCAUCUCACCAUGGACGGUUCAGUGCAUCACAAUUACAAUAGUGGCCAGCUAACAACAAUGGCUACAGGCAUGUUCGAAAUUCUCUGUGCCUGCGUGGUGAUCUUAUAUUUACUUUAUUAUUAUUUGACCGCUGAUUUUGACUAUUGGACAUCACGCGGGAUUAAUGGACCGAAACCCAUUCCGUUCUUCGGCAACAUUCUCGAAUUUUUAACGGGCAAGAUAAACAUGGGUGAUUUUUUCAAAAAAAUUUAUGACCGAUAUCCAAAAGAUUCCCUGGUGGGUAUAUUUUUGAGAGGAAACCCUGUGCUUGUCAUAAAAGAUCCUGAAUAUAUCAAACAGGUGUUGAUCAAGGAUUUCCCCACUUUUGCCGAUCGAAAUUCAACAGUUUAUGAAAAGGCCGAACCCAUGUCCAUGCACCUCUUCAGACUCGACAGCGCUAGAUGGCGACCAUUAAGAAUGAGGCUUUCGCCCGUUUUCACGACCGGGAAGUUGAAGGACAUGUUUCACUUGUUGCUGAAUUGUUCCGACCACUUCGAGAAGUAUUUAGAUGAGAUAGUAUCUAAAGACAGUAUUGUCGAGUGCCGAGAUCUGACAUCUAAAUUCACUAUCGACGUGAUCGGAUCGUGUGCUUUCGGUCUCGAGAUGAACACGUUGAAAGAAGAAAAUAAUCAGUUUCAGCGUAUAGGCCGUAAGAUCUUCCGCUCUUCUCCAAAAGUUAUGAUUAGAAAUGCACUCAAAGAAAUAUCGUGGUUCUACAAGAAUUUCGGAUAUUUCUUUGACGAUCAUGACGUGACCAAGUUCAUAACAGAUAUUACCCGAGAAACUAUAGAAUACAGGAAGCGGAACAAUGUGCGUCGAAAUGAUUUUAUCGAUAUACUUAUCGACCUCAAGGAUAAUCCUAGCAAAUUGGGCGUUAAUAAUGUAACGGAUGAAUUCAUUGCUGCCCAAUUGUUCGUAUUUUUCGCGGCUGGCUUUGAGACAUCUUCUUCUACAAUGUCUUAUGCAAUGUAUGAACUAGCGCAGAAUCAAUCAAUUCAAGAAAAAGUUCGAAAGGAGAUUAAGGAAGUCCUUGACAAUACUGACGGGGUAAUAUCAUUUGAUAGCGUCAAGAAAAUGGACUAUUUGGGAAAAAUUUUUCAAGAGACUCUUAGGAAAUAUCCACCAGUAACGUUUCUAAUGAGGCAAUCUAUAAAGAAUUAUACUUUCGAGGGGACUAAGAUCACUCUACGAAAAGGGCAAGAUGUGGUUAUACCCAAUUAUGCUCUUCAACAUGAUCCGAAUAUUUAUCCAGAUCCGGAAGUUUUUGAUCCUGAACGAUUUAGCGCGGAAAAUAUAAAACAGAGGAAUCCUAUGUAUUAUCUACCUUUCGGAGAUGGUCCAAGAAACUGUAUUGGUGCAAGAUUUGCCACUAAUCAGACCAAGAUUGGUUUAAUUAAAGUGUUGAUGAAUUAUAAAAUAGAUGUUUGUGAAAUGACUCAGAUUCCACUGAUCCAUGCUCCGUGGACCAAUUUCAUGUUUCAAACAACUCAUGGCAUACAUGUAAAAUUGACCAAACUCUAACAUAUAAUUUAUAAGGUAAUUACACACACAUCAAUGAUGCUAAUUGCAACAUAUCCAGAUGAUUCAAAAGAUUCAACUCCCUUUUUACUAGUGGUGCUGGAGAAUUAAUCCUGUAUGGUCUGAUGUAACUUUGAAGUUAUAUAUUAAUACCGAUAUUUUGUCGAUUUUAUGUUACAUAGUCGAAUAAAAGCGGAAUAAUUGACUAUAAUUGGUCAAUUCUUACAGAUUAAUAUCAAUAAUAAA